UCUUGGUUCAUGGUACGCGGUACCCGUUUGAGCACUACUUUUGAAACGCACUUUUUGUAGAAAGAAAGUCUUUUAGCUUUCUGGUAGUGAGGACGUUCGGACAUCUGUAUCGUUGACUGGAUGUGGUGCUAAAAUGGAUAAUCGAGGACAGCUGAGUUUUGGUGCUGUAGGUGGGCUCGCUGGUGGCACAGGUCUGAGUCUAGGAGGCAACGCAGCCAGUGCUGGCCUUAGUCUCGGAGGUACUUCCACUGCUGCCACUACUGCAGGUGCCGGAGGACUGUCAUUCGGCGGUGCUUUAGGUGGCGGAGGCCUGGCACUGGGCGGUGGUGGUGCUGGAGCAACCACUGGUGGCGCAGGUCUCGCUCUAGGUGGGAAGCCUGCUGCUACCGGUCUCACCCUAGGAGCAGGAGGAGGUCUGUCAACAGGUGGACUAUCUACCGGAGGCGGUCUUUCACUGGGUGGUGCAGGUGCUGGGCGACUAUCACUGGGUGGUGCUCUAGGUGGCGGUGCCUCAGCUGGUGGAGGCUUGAUGUUGGGCGGUGCUGGUGCUGGAGCAACCACUGCUGGCACGGGCUUCAAUCUAGGGGGGAAGCCUGCUGCUACCGGUCUCACCCUUGGAGGUGCAACAGCAGGAGGAGGUCUGUCAACAGGUGGACUAUCUACCGGAGCCGGUCUUUCACUGGGUGGUGCAGGAGGCUUGACCGGUGUUGGUGCUGCUGCUCCUGCUGCUGCUCCUGCAGCAGGUACGGGCUUUGCACUAGGCGGUGCUGCUGCUGCUGCUACUACAGCCGGCGCAGGUCUAACGCUGGGCGGUGGUGCAGCUGGUGGUGGCCUCAAACUUGGUGGCAGUACGGCUGCUGCGCCCACGCUUGGUGGUGGAUUGUCACUUGGUGGGGCUGGUCUCAAAACUGGUGCUAUUGCCACCACAGCAGCGGCAACAACUGCCACAGCAUUAGGUGGUGCUGGUGGCUUGUCACUCGGAGGUGUUGGUGGUGGUGGAUUGACACUUGGAGGUGGUACAGCAGCUGCUGGCUUAGCUGGUGCAAAACCUGGUCUCGCCCUCGGUGGAACCCUUGGUGGAGCGUCCACUGCAACGACAGCCGCAGGUACUGGUCUCAGCCUCGGUGGAAUUGGAGCAGCUGGAGGCCUAGGCGGUGCUGGAGGACUGAAGCUGGGUGCUACUACAGCUGCUUUGGGUGCUGGAGGACUGACACUCGGUGCUAGUACAACCGCCGCUGCUGGUGCUGGAGGAUUGAAGCUUGGUGCUAGCACAGCCGCCGCCCCUGGUGCGGGAGGAUUGAAGCUUGGGGCCAGCACAGCUGCCACUGGUGCUGCAACUGGCCUGACUCUUGGAGGCACCACUGCUACUGCAGGUGCAGCCACAAGUGCAGCUGGUCUGAGUCUUGGAGGUCUGUCUGGUGGUUUGAGUGGUAUGGGAAAGGCAGGUACUGGCCUCGCACUCGGCGGCGCAACAUCCAAGCCAGCCACCACAGGCCUUACCCUGGGCAGCACUGCAGCAACAACCACUGCCGGUCUCGGACUUGGUGGUACAGCCACCACAGCGAGUAUUGGCCUGGGAGGCACUUCCACGACGAAAACAACCGGCUUAGGAGGAAAGGCUGUGGUUCCAGAGUCUAAAACAGAUAACACAUCGUCCAACGAGCUACCUCCGUUACUGACGAAUAUUUACAAUCAGCUCACGGCGUUUGUGAAAGAGCAGAAGUCACUCUGUGAGAGCAUACAUCAUUAUUCAGAUAAGGACAUUCAGCAGCUGUGCAAGGAAACGAAAUGCCUCAGUCGGACUUUAGGAAUCGUUGCGACAGAUGUUCAGAGAGAUUCGCACAGUGUCUUCCAGCUUAAACAUGACAUGUCCGAGGAGUUGAAAGAUGCUGAAAUAGCGCAGAGAACAAAGGAUAUCCCAGCUGGCCUUCAACCUGAGCAUGUUGCACCAACAGAAUAUUUCAAUCGGCUUGUGGCUCGCUUUGAAGAGCAAAUGCACCUGUAUCGUCAGCAGCUGGACGAGCUGGAAGUUCACUUAACGUGGGUGGCAAAUGAGUCUGCUACCUUCACGCCAGAUGCGUUGUCCCAUUUGUUACGACAUCAGCAUCAAACAUUCCUCUCACUGGCAGCACACUUGCAGUCUGUUCGUGAGCAAGUCAAGAACCAGAAAGAGCAGUAUUUGAAUUACUUGAAAGUUGUCAAAGAUAAUUCCACAGAUGUAUUCGAAGCUCGCCGGAAAGCGGAAAAAAGAAAGGCAGAGGAGCCCAAAUCGACCAGACCUAACCUUUUUGGUGUGAGCGGUAUGGCAGCCAUGGCCACAGCUACACAAGUUGCCAAUGCCACUGCAGGUCUUGGAGGCAGUUUUAUCCAACAACAGCAGCAGCCCCAACAAACAGUUGGCCUGACUGGCCUCGGAACUACAGGACUGACAGGCUUAGGUGGUGGUCUCGGUACUGGAUUGAAGACCAGCCUUGGAACCACCACAACAGGCCUGGGCACCACUGGUCUCUCACUUGGUGGCACGACUGGAGGACUGGGAGCAACCGGCGGGCUAACUGGUCUUGGUAGUACCGCAGCUGCUGGAGGUCUCAAGGCUGCAGGUGGUCUCACCGGAGGUCUUGGCGGUGGUCUUGGCGGUGGUCUGGGUGGUGGUCUCGGCGGAGGCCUCGGUGGUGGUCUCGGGACGACUGGUGGUCUCAAGGCUGGCGGUGGUGGCCUUGGUACUACAGGUCUCGGUGGAGGUCUUGGCGGCGGUCUUGGGGGAGGCCUUGGCGGCGGUCUUGGGGGAGGCCUUGGCGGCGGUCUAGGCGGAGGUCUUGGCGGUGGUCUAGGCGGUGGUCUCAGUACGACUGGCGGUGCUCUAGGUGGUGGCCUUAAGACAGGUGGAGGCCUUGGCGGUGGCCUUGGCGGCGGUCUCGGUGGAGGACUCGGUGGAGGACUCGGCGGCGGACUCGGAGCAACGGGCGCGACUGCUGGUGGCGGUCUUGCCGGAGCGACUGCAGCCGGUGGCCUCGCAGGUCAAGCUGGCGGACUAGCUCUUGGUGGUGGUCUCGGCGGUGGUCUUGGCGGAGGUCUCGGCGGUGGUCUCGGCGGUGGUCUCGGAGGCGGUCUUGGCGGUGGUCUUGGCGCUGGCCAAGCUGCCAAUAAAGGUCUUACACUGGCAAAGCCCCCACCUAGUAAGAACCGGCGGAAAUAGAUGACUUCCAGUUGACAGAGCAAUGCUUUUUUAUGUUCUUGAUCAUGCUCCUCUCGUGUGGACACAGCAAACUAACCUUGUCUUUGUCUUCUUCUGCUUCUGUCCACGUUUUCAUUCAAUGUAGUACUUCACUUUCGUUGUGUAAACUGCCUGUUUGUCUGAAACUUUGCUGGUGUUUGCUCUUUCCCUUGUAACGUUAUUUGCUGCAUGCGUUUCUUGAAUGGAGCGCCGCUGGUGAGCGCUGUGUUGGUCUAUUAGGUGGUGUGCGGGUUGUGUGUAGUCAUGCGUGCACAUGGUUUGCCACACGAUUGCCAGUAUUGGCCGUGCUGUGCAUGGUCGUUUAUCUUUUAGCAGCAUUGAUCCUGUACAUUCUGUCCUCACGCCAUGGUGGCAUGACAGUUCGCCUCAUGCCUCUCACAACAUAUCAUCAAUAGUUCCCUAUCCGCCAUUAUUUUGCCCAUACCUCCAUGCCGUACAGCGGGAGGCUCAUGCUUGUGGCUUACAGCGCUUGAUGCUACCUGUGUGAACUGCCUCUCUCUCUCUCUCUCUCUCUCUCUCUCUCUCUCUCUCUCUCUCUCUCUCUCUCUCUCUCUCUCUCUCUCCACCCAGCCACCCAGUCCAGUAGCAUCUUGGUUUUAUCAGUGUGCUGAAUGUAGGAGCCUGUCGGAUUUAGGCUCUGCAUGCCUGUUUUUACAUACACAACCAUUUUCUCUCUCUUUGUUUCUCCUGAAGUCAUUGAGAACACCAGGGAGUCAUCCUCAGACCUCUGUCCUGUCUAAGUGCGACUACCGCCCUUGUAUUCACUAGCUUCCUAAUGUACCUUUUCUUUUGGUAAUGGACACUUACAGCAUUGAAAGUACAACAUUAAUGAGGUACGAGGUACCAGUAUGGAA